CUGUUGCUGAUCUGCCCGCGAGGGACCCACGCGGACCCAGUUGUUCUCUUGGACACGACGCAAGAGGAGAAGCUCGAGUGGACCAAGUAUCCUUUCGGCGCGGAAGCUAACACCCCAGGGUGGGUGGAAGAGUCGUUCACCAACUUCGACAAGGGCAUCAAUUGGCGGAGUUACGUUGUCUGCGACGUGGCGUACAACAACGUGAACAAUUGGCUGUGGACGCCGUUCAUAGAGAGGGGACCGGCGAACCGCAUGUACAUAGAGAUCAAAUUCACCACUCGUGACUGUUCCCUGUUCCCAGGAAACGCGCUCAGUUGCAAAGAAACUUUCAGCCUACUUUACUACGAGUUCGACGUGGCCACCAAGGAGCCGCCACCGUGGGAAACGGACAGUUACAAGUUGAUCGGGCGCAUAGCCGCGGGCGAGGGAAGGUUCAACACCAAUACCGAGGUGGUGAUAAACACGGAGGUGAAAUCCAUCCCCGUGACGAAGAAGGGCGUCUACUUCGCGUUCAGGGAUCAGGGCGCUUGCAUCUCGAUCCUUGCCAUCAAAGUUUACUACAUCAGCUGCCCGGAGAUUUCCGUCAACUUCGCUCACUUCCCCGCAACGCCGACCGGCCGCGAGGUGGCGUUGAUCGAGCAAACGAUCGGCACCUGCGUGGCGAACGCCGUGGUGAUCGAGCAGCCCACCUUCCUCUGCAAGGGGGACGGGAAAUGGUACUUACCCAGCGGCGGAUGCCACUGCAAGCCGGGAUAUCAAGCCGACGUGGAGAAGCAGGAGUGCACCGAGUGCCCGAUCGGUAAAUUCAAACACGAGGCGGGGUCGCACAGUUGCGAGGCUUGCCCGGCCCACAGCAAAUCGUCCGAUUACGGGUUCACGGAGUGUCGUUGCGAUCCAGGCUACUUCAGGGCCGAGAAGGAUCCCAAGAAAAUGCCCUGCACGCAACCACCGUCGGCCCCGCAAAAUUUGACCGUCAACUUCGUCGACCAGUCCACCGUGUUUCUCUCUUGGAACGCGCCGCACAUGCUCGGCGGGAGGACAGAUACGACUUACAGGGUGGUCUGCGAUGCAUGUAGCAUGGGUGUCAAAUACAUUCCCAACACCGAGGUGUUCAACGACACGAAGAUCACGAUAACUGGAUUGAACGCGGUCACCACUUAUCGGUUCCAAGUGUUCGCCGAGAACGGUGUCUCGGCGUUGGCCGGGAAGUCGGAAUACGUGGACAUCACCGUGACCACGGAUGCAAGCGUGCCAAGUUUGGUGAGCAACGUAAGGAUUACGAGCGUGAAGAGUUCCGAGUUGAGCAUCAGCUGGGACGCGCCGAUAACCGAGAACGGGGACAGCGAUCUGGUGGAAAGAUACGAAGUGAGGUGUUAUCCACGUUACGACGACGCCACCAAUGCCACCGUCAUCCAAACCUCGGAAUUGUCCGCGACGUUCAAGGGCCUGAAACCAUCCACCGAUUACGCGAUACAAGUUCGAGCGAAGACUACGCGAGGUUGGGGCGAGUACACACCGGUCGUGUACAAGAAGACGCUUCACGCUAUGGGAUUAGAUUACGUCGGAGAGGAUGACAAUAUGCAAGUGAGAAUCAUAGCGGGUGCUAUAGUGGCCGUGGUAGUUCUUCUCGUCAUCAUCAUCAUCAUGACAGUUUUGAUUUUGAGAAGCAGGGCCUCGGACGAAUGCAACAAGAAACAGCCGAGCGAUUGCGACACUUUGGAAUAUAGAAACGGCGAAGGACUAGUUGUGACCUACAUGCACUGCAAAAUGGACAGUUCACCGAUUGUGACAACCCACACCAACAACAAGAGCAAGUCCUCGCUGACCACGCCGCUGUUCACACCUGCAGUGGGAGUUGCCGCCGCGAGUGCUGGUGGCGCGGGUGGCGGCGGGGCGAGAAGUUACGUCGAUCCUCACACGUACGAGGACCCGAAUCAAGCUGUACGAGAAUUCGCGCGAGAGAUCGACGCGGGAUACAUCACGAUAGAGGCGAUCAUAGGUGGGGGAGAGUUCGGCGACGUUUGUCGCGGGAAACUGAAGUUACCGCCAGACGGUCGAACGGAGAUCGACGUUGCCAUCAAGACACUGAAACCCGGCUCGGCGGAUAAGGCGCGCAACGACUUCUUGACCGAGGCCUCGAUCAUGGGCCAAUUCGAGCAUCCGAACGUGAUAUUCCUGCAAGGUGUCGUGACGAAGAGCAACCCGGUGAUGAUAAUCACCGAGUUCAUGGAGAACGGCAGCCUGGACACUUUCCUUCGCGCGAACGACGGCAAGUUUCAGGUGCUCCAGCUCGUGGGCAUGCUUCGCGGUAUAGCGAGCGGUAUGCAGUAUCUGGCCGAGAUGAACUACGUGCACAGGGAUCUCGCCGCGAGGAACGUGCUCGUGAACGCCGCCCUCGUUUGCAAGAUCGCCGAUUUCGGCUUGAGCAGGGAGAUCGAGAGCGCGACGGAAGGAGCGUACACGACCAGGGGUGGAAAGAUCCCGGUGCGAUGGACGGCCCCGGAAGCGAUAGCAUUCCGAAAAUUCACCAGCGCUUCCGACGUGUGGAGCAUGGGGAUCGUUUGUUGGGAGGUGAUGUCGUACGGAGAGAGGCCGUACUGGAACUGGUCCAAUCAGGACGUGAUAAAGUCGAUCGAGAAGGGAUACAGGCUUCCAGCACCGAUGGAUUGCCCGGAGGCGAUCUAUCAGCUGAUGCUCGAUUGCUGGCAAAAGGAGCGAACUCAUCGCCCUACUUUCGCCAAUUUAACGCAAACAUUGGACAAACUGAUACGAAGCCCGGACACGUUGAGGAAAAUCGCCCAGAACAGAAUCAGGGAAAGGGGUGCUCCACCCCCACCCCCACCCGCCUCGUCGACAUCCUCCAACGUGCAUUUGAGGAAAAGGGGCACCAAUCCACUAGCGCCGGACGCGGUGGAUUUAACGCAAUUGACCUCGGUCAGCGAGUGGCUGGCUUCCNNNAAGAUGUCACGAUACGCGGAGAGUUUCGAGAGAUCCGGCGUGACUACAUUGGAGGCGGCCGCUCGAGUCACCGUUCAGGAGUUGACGGCGCUUGGGGUGACGUUGGUAGGGCACCAGAAGAAGAUCAUGAACAGCGUGACGGCGCUGAGAGCGCAAAUGUCCGCCACCUCGCAAGGCUUUCUCGUUUAAUCGUUGGGCGCACGGCCGGUGCGCUUCUCACACGUUUGACGCAUUUCGACGCAGGAUUCGAUAUCCUCGAUCGACCUUACGCAUCGUUCAUUCGAGGAGGUUACGCGUCGAUCGUCCUCCAGCCGGCGUCUACCUAGUCAGGACGACAGAACGGAUCAUCCCUUCCUUCGCAGACAAGACAAGAGAGACCAAGAGCGAUCGGGCGAGCGUCGAGACGAGCAACACCACGAGAGGCUCGCCAAUCUCGAGGAAUCGAGGAUAUCGCUCACAUUCCAACGCGAAUUUCAAUAUAUUUCAGUCAGUCGAGUUGUCCCUCCCGUCUCUCCCGACGGAAAUGGAAGACGACGAAUUUCGCGGCUGCGACGGCUGCGAUCGACCCAUAGGUUGAAAGCGUUUCGUACGGUGUCGUGGCACGCGAUAAAAGAAACUCUUAACGGGAUCAAUAAGUAAAAGGAAGAAGAAAAAAAAAAAAAAAAAAAGAAUAUAUGUACGCGACUCCGCGAACGAGUCGGCCAUUAACUUUGUCUUUCUCUUUCUACAAUAUCUUUCUCGCGCGGUGCUGAUCUCGUGGUGAUCAUCGCGUUGAAAGGAAUCGUACUGCCACUGUAUAAUCACUGCCGCAACAAUUGUAUACAAUCGUAGAAAAUACCGUGCGACGAACGUGCAACAAUCUUGUAUGCAAUUCUUCUAUCUCAAACUCGAAACUUUUUUCAGAAACCGAAAUCACGUUUAACGCGCUGAAUCGUUGCUCACACGCGAUUGCAGAGAGAGAAAUCGUCCUGCCGGUCGAUUUUCCGUUUUGUCGCUCGAAAUUUUUUUUCUUUUUUUUUUUUUUUUNGACGAAGCCUCGUUCUUGUUUUUUACAGCGUGUUCCUAACUUAUCUCGCGCAACGGUUUACAUUUACGUUACGUUAAACGGUGAUCGGGGUCCUUGAACGAUCGAUAAUAAAAUAGAAGUGUCAUCAUCACGGUACAGACCACUUGCACGAACGAAUAAGAAACGGCCUAAAUGUAACA